CACUCACCUCUCUCUCUCUCUCUCUCUCUCCCUACCUCUGGUUUCCCAUUGUAGAUGAACAAUCAUAGGCUUAGAGCCUUCCACUAUAUGCUUAAUCGAUUGGAUAAUGAUGUAAAGUGAGAGAAUUGGGUUGUUUUGCCUUGUUAUAAACUCUUUCUUGCUUGUUGGGUUUGUGUUGUGUUGUGUUUUGUUGGGGUAGUUUUGAUGGGUACUGAAGGGGAAGAAGUAGUAGUAAUGAAUGAGAAGAAAGAUGGGGCAGAGUAUAGUGCAAAUGGGUUGUUGUGUAAUACUUGUAUACACCACUGUGGUACAAGCUGGUCUUGUUUCAGAUAUGGGACUAUUUUAGCUUCCUCCAUUGCUUCCUUUUAAGUAAAACAUCUUGCUCUCAACAUUGGUUUGAGCUUAGUGCUUAAAGCUCCACCACUAAAAUUUUGACAAAGAGAAAAUUAAAAAGAAAGGAGCUUGCUUGAUCUCUGAUCAAAAAAGUUCAAUCUUUUUUUCCUUUGAGGUCUCGGUAGUAGUCAUCAUGAAGAGGCUUAGCAGCCCAGAUUCUCUGGGUGCUUUGAUUUCCAUCUGCCCAACAACAACAGCAGAUGAUCAUAGUCCAAGAAACAACCAUGUCUACAGCAGAGACUUCCAGUCCAUGCUGGACGGCUUAGACGAAGAAGGGUGCGUGGAAGAGUCCGGCCAUGCUGCCGAAAAGAAGCGCCGGCUAAGCAUUGAGCAAGUGAAGGCCUUGGAGAAGAAUUUCGAAGUGGAGAACAAGCUUGAACCUGAGAGAAAAGUGAAGCUUGCCCAAGAGCUUGGUCUUCAGCCAAGACAAGUUGCCGUGUGGUUCCAAAACCGCCGAGCUCGUUGGAAAACCAAGCAAUUGGAACGCGAUUACGGGGUUCUUAAGGCCAACUAUGACUCUCUCAAGAUCAGCUUUGAAUCUCUCCAACAUGACAAUCAAGCUCUUCAUAAAGAGAUAAAGGAAUUGAAAGCGAAGUUCCAAGAAGAGAACACAGAGAGCAAUCACUCAGUGAAAGAGGAGCAAAUGGCUCUGGCCAACGAGUCCAGUUACAAAGUUGUAAUGGAGCAUAGCAAGCCACAGUCUCCUGAAACCUCAGCUCCAGUUUCAGAGUCCAAAGAGCUAAACUUCGAGAGCUUCAACAAUACCAACUCCAAUGGAGCAGUGGGACUAGAAGCAGUGUCAUUGUUCCCGGACUUCAAAGAUGGCUCAUCGGAUAGUGACUCGAGUGCAAUCCUGAACGAGGAUCAAAACAGUCCCAAUGGGACUAUAAACCACCACCACCAGCUCAUGCCACCCUCCAAUUCACUCAAAUUCAACUCAUCGUCAUCGCCUUCCUCGUCGACAAUGAAUUGCUUCCAGUUUCAGAAGAGCAGCUAUCAGCCUCAGUUUGUCAAGAUAGAGGAGCACAAUUUCUUUAGUAGUGAGGAAGCAUGUAACUUCUUCUCAGACGAGCAACCUCCCUCACUUCAGUGGUACUGCCCAGAACAAUGGAACUAAGUAGAUCAACUUACGAAUCCAUCCAAUUUCUCAAAGAAAAAGAAAAAAAAUGGGGUUGUGUAUUCUCAAAGAAAAAGAAAAAAAAUGGGGUUGUGUAUAAGUGUCCUACUUUGACCAUCAUUGUAAGAGCAAGAAGAAUUGGAGAAGUUGGAGCAGAGGGAACUGAUGAAGCAGAGAGAUAGAGAGGGAGAGAAUAAGCAGGGUUCACGUGGGGAUGGGAGGAAGGUGAUGAUGGAGUAAGUCUUAAGGUAAUUGAGUCUAUGAGUCCGUGGUGUCUGAAUGAUUGGGUCGUAAUUGAAAUCUCAGCUGUAAAAAAAGAAAGGAAAUCUCGGAAACCUUAAGGAGGAGGAGUGAGGGAGGUAGAAUUCAUGUAAUUGAGAAAAUAAUCAUGGGCAAUAAUCAUUAUGCCUCACUUUUUCCUUCCAUCCAUGCUUUGCUUUUUCAAUGAUCAAAAGUUGAUGGACAAUUUAUUUCUUUUGCUA